AGUGAUUUAUUUGAAUUCGAACGAGUUAGAGCCAAAAUAAAGAACAGGAAAUGGAUAUCCUACCAAAUGAAAUUUUAUUGAAAAUAUUUGAAUUUGCUGACUGUCAAAGCCUUAAAGUAUUACUGGAUGUAUCUUAUAACUUUCGUGAAUUAAUCAUAACUAAUAGUAACUCAAUGCGGAAGCUUCCAUUGAGUCUAUCAAAAAGUUGGCUGUCAAAAGUUGAAUUUGCGAAUGAUUGUGGUGAAUUUGUGAAAAUAUUAAACAUGGACUAUACAUCCUUUGACAGCUUCGAUGAAUUUAAGACUGUGAUGACUUUAUUUCCAAAUAUUGAAAAGUUAAAGAUUAAUUACAUUUAUAUAAAGCAGCCAGCAAUAGAAUUAACAAGAACUUCGGAAUCAGACAAAGAAAAUGUUGAGGAAGUGACAUAUGAAAACUUAAAAUCUGUAGAAAUAUCUUCAAAAUUUUGGGGCUACAUCACACAACUGGACAUGAAAAUUAUGGAUCUUCUGAAUACCUCACAUCUUGAGGAACUACUCAUUAAACUUCCAAUGCAAAAGUUUUCACAAAAUUUCAUCGAUUUCCUUUGCAAGCAAAGCAAACUUAAAGUUCUUCAAAUUUACGACGAAUUUAUCGAUUCUUUCCUUUUCGAUGACUUUACCGAAAGUCUUACAUACAAUCAAUUUGUUUCGUCACUCUUUGAAAUAGAUUUAAGCACGUGCGCAACGUUUCAACUGAAAAAAUUGUCAAUAAACUUUCGUGGGGAUCAUCGUGAGAAUUUUGUAAAGUUCCUUGAGACACAGAGUGAUUUGGAAGAGUUGGUGAUUAAAAAGUACGAAGAUGAUUUUGUUAGAUUUAAAAUUACAUUUGAUCUCUUGAGGAAUUUUCGUGUACGGAAGCUUACCAUCCCAUUGGAACUAAUUCAGUCAAAUAAUUUACUUGACUAUGAAUUUUUCGUCAACAAAAAUGUCACUGACCUGUCAUUAGAAGGCUACAAUAAUGAUGUCGCAUUAUUUAAUUUGAUGUUAAAGAUCUUCCCGAAUAUUAAGCGACUGCGACUCGAAUACAUGCUUGACUUUCUUUGUGAGGAUUUGGCGACACUUGCGCAUCUCGAAACACUAGAAGUUGAUCAUUUUAAGAUCGAUAGCCUUAGGAAUAUUAAGAUCAAUAAACUCAAGAAGCUUAAAAUAGGAACUUUGUAUCCUUUUAUAUACACAGACUGGCAGGAAAUCACAAAGAUUAAUCCAGGCAUUGAAGUUAUCAUAAUUAAGGAAGUCUCACAUUUCAACACAAUGACUGCUAUUAAGAAUAGUGUUGGAGUCUUACUGGAUGACUUAAAGAAGCUUAGUUAUCUCCAAAUUAUUCAGAAUGAGUCGAUGGACAGUCUUAAAAUGAUUGCAGACAUGAAGAGGAACAUUUUAAGAUUAUCGCCUUAUGCCAUGAAGAUGCUUAAGGAUAUGUUUGUAAGACAGCAUAAAUAUGAAGCAAUUAAUCUGUUAUUUUGAUAAUUUGUAACUGUUUAAUAAUAAAAUUGUAUUUUAAUUAAAGCUUAUU